AGCGGCGAAGCGAUGCUAAACGUGGCGCGAGAAGGCUCUCUUUUCAUGGCGCGUCAGUCAUGGCGCACGAAGGUGAAGCCUUGAGGAAGGCGGAGAGCAGCGGAGCUCUGCGAUGUGUAGCAGACCGAUGAACCGGUAAGACAUUUGCUAUACAGACAGCAAGGAUCAAAGACGCGACAGCGUCUCGAGGGAUGGAAACAUGCGAAACUUGUGCGGAAAAUCGACUCUUUGAAUUCCGCGGAACCAGUUCAUUCCACGUCGAAAACUUGGAUGGAGGGGCACCUGGAUUAUUUUAUUCUCAUCUUUAACGUCGUAUAUAUCGAAUAUAUUAUUCUAGUCUCACGGCUCUAAUAACAUAUCGCUGAACUUCAAGUCCAGCCGAAAUCGCGAGCGAAGAGCAACGUGGUUGUUCACCUCGGCGACUCCCGGAGUCUCGUUCGCCGAGGUAUUUCACGCCGCUUUCUUCUCGACCGCGACUUCCACGGCUGGCCUGGUUAACGUCACGAGUCGCCCGGCUGAAAUUUUCAAAAACCAAUUCGCCUGAAAACAUGAAACAAAAACUCCGCUUCAGUCGCUUGAGAGAAGCCGCAACCGUUUCAGCAGCCUUUCUAGCCUUUUGCCGGGAAACUCGGCGUCGCUCGAUCCUUCGUCCUGGCUGCACGAACCGCUGCUCGAUCCGACCCUGGGACCUCGCACUCUCCAUGAGCGAGCCCGGAGGAGCACCUCCGUCGCAAAUGGCGGCACACCGUCGUCGUCGUCGUCGUCGUCUCCCCACCAGGAUCGUCACGACGGGAAAAACUGUCGAGCGGCACUCCGCUAUGUCGCGCACACAGUCGCACAGCGAGGUCCGGCUCGCGAGAAGCACGAGAGAGCUGGCGAUUUUGCGAGUUGCGAGUUGCGAGUUGCGUUGCGUCGCGGUGCGGCGCUCACGCGCUCUCGUCCCCCGCUUCUCCCCCCGCACGUCCCCUGGCGGCGGCCACCACGCCGCCGCCGCCGUCGUUUUCCUUUCCUUUCGCGAGCGGGGGUCGCUCCCCUGCCCCCGCUCCGCUCCGUUCCGUUCUGUUCCAACCACGCUGGACGAACGAGCGCUCUCGCGAGGAACGGUACUCGCUCGCUCCACAGAGAAAGACAGAGAAGUCGCCGCCCGUCCGUCCUCGCGACUCCGCGAUACAGCGGCCGCUCGCGGAGCGAAGGUAUCGGAGUGAAGUUUGGAGCUGCGCGAAGUUGGUCCGCCGACGUGAAGUGAGUGAGAGAAUCCUCGAGCGCGCGGGUGUUUCGCUGUGCAAGAGACGGAGAGACAGAGAGGAAGGAACAGGGCGAGGGAGAGAGAGAGCGAGAGAGAGAGAGAGAGAGAGAGAGAGAGAGAGAAAGAGAGGCGAGCACGACGAGUGCUGAGGUGUCGUUGACGUUUCGUGUGUCAGUGUCCUCUACCUGUCUCUCUCUAGCUGACACGGCCGCCGUGUUACUCUCCGUCUCUCUCGUGCCCUCGCUCGCCGCGGCCUUCGUCGUGAGUGCUCGCUCGUGAAAGUGCGGUCGUCCAAAGCGUCCAAGGGGGCGCCCUCGAGAGACCCUAAGGGUUACUCCAGACGACGCUGUGUGUGUGUGUGUGUGUGUGUGUGUGUGUGUGUACGUGUGUGCGUGUGUAUCCUCACAGACGCCAGCCGGCUGCUACACACGCCGACACACCGUAUAUCCCUAGAGAUCCCUAUGAUUCCUCCCUUCGCUCACUCGGUGCGCGCAUAUCGCCGUAGCCGACAUCUCCCUAUAGCUCUCGGCACAUCCCGGAGCCCUCGCAGCUUGUCGUGAGCCGUCCUCUGUCCUGACGCGCUCAACGCUCACAUCCUUGUAGUCACUGCGCGAUCCGACGACAGCCGCCGCUAGAUUCGAGUAGAUUCUUCCAGUCGCGCGCUGGCCGGCGUGUCCUCCUCCGCGGUGAUUCCCGUAUUAUUCACAGCGUGUAUCGAUAUUCCUAUUGUUAUCGCCUCACAUCCCUUUUAGUCACUUCCUCUUCCUCCCUGCAGUAUCUCCGUCCUUGCUCUCGUCGGCUGGAUACCCAAAGGAGGAACCCAAAGCGAACACCUCGACGCAGUCCGCUUUUACGCAACCACGAGCCCUAUGGUCGUCCCUUGGCUCCCCCUUUUCUUAUCUCUCUCUCUCUCUCUCUCUCUCCCCCUCGUUAUCCGUGAUAUUUCCCCCCCAUCGUGAGAACUCCGAGGCGGCCGGUCGCUCGGUUAUCAGCUCGCUGCACUGCAUCCCUCCGUUCCUCAGCAGACUACAAUUCCCCCGUGGUCGUAAACCUCUUCCUCUGUAAACGCUUCCCUGCCUCUUCAUCCUGCCCACGUCCGGUAUCACCCUCCGAGAGUGGCCGAGGAGCGACGGGGGGAGGUCCAUACAAGAAGCUAAGAGCGCGGAGGCGGAAGUUACACACACACUCUCUCUCUCUCUCUCUCUCUCUCUCUCUCUCUUUCUCUCGGCACCGCUCGGCGCGGGCAAACGUCGUCGCGUUCCUCGGCAUCGUGGCGCGAUGCCAGAUGACAGGUGUCAGGAGCGGCCACCGGUAGAGUCCCACGGGGGUCCCGUCCGGCCGACGGGGCCCCGCGCAGAAUGACGAGCGCGGGCUCGCGCUGCUGCCGGAAGCACCGCGCGACCAGGAGGAGCGACGAGAACGGGAACGACGGCGGCCGCGAAGACGAAGACGGCGACGACGUGGACGAGGACGAGAGCGAGAGCCCGGGUCCCUCUAGCGCGAGCGGGGGGCUAUGAGCGCUGACAAUGGGGACGACUCCUUGCCGCAGCUGCCGACGAAGAAGAAGAACGCCCGAGACACGCACCGGCGGCCUGCGAUGAUACGCUCCUGCAGCCCGCGGCGAUCGCGCGCGUCAACGUCGCCGUUGUCAUCGUCGAGGCGUGACGCGACGACGACGAUUUAGUCCGCCGGCGACCUGCGUGGCGACAGCUCGACGCAUCGGGGGUUCCGGAAGACAGUCGCCGCAGGCGGAGGAGGACGCGCGAGGGCGCAGAGGACCAAGAGGAAGCGCCGAGAAGAGGCGAGCGAAACGAGGAGGAGCGAGAAGAAAACAGGGGCGGCCGAGAGAGAGAGAGAGAGAGAGAGAGAGAGAGAGAGAGAGAGAGAGAGAGAGAGAGAGAGAGAGAGAAAGAGCGAGCCACCCUCGGCCGCCGCACGGGCUUUGGCCUUCAGACGGGGCGCAGGGGGGAGAGGAGGAGGGAGGAAGGCAGCUGUGCGGACGGACGUGGAUCCACACGUGGAUGCUGUGGCCGGUGUUGGGGGGGGAUGACGGGCUGAGCCCAGCAGCGUCGCCCACGCCGGCGGCGACCGGCGCUGCCCCCGUCAAGGGGGUGAACAAACUGACCCCUCUGCUGCUCUGCGCCCCUUGCAAGCCCAGCGGCCACCGGAAGAGCCAGAGCUCCACCCAGUGGUACGUGCAACAGCCCACGUGGCGUUUAUGGGGCGAGGAAAGGGGCGACGGCGUCAUAUACACGGUGUACCUGAAGAAGGUCCGAUACCAUCGGCCAACGAGGAGCCUCUCGGCAUCGGAUUCCGACGACGAGAUCUCGCAUUUGGAAUGGGAGACGGUGAGGGUGCGGUUCUUGAAAGCCGGCACGGUGCAGCGGCUGGUCGAGAGUCUGGCGAACGACGACGGCGAGCUGGAGUCGACGUACAUAAACGUCUUCCUGGCGACGUACCGGGCCUUCACGAGCCCGCGCGAGGUGCUGGAGCUACUGCUCGCCAGGUACGACGCCUUGGACGAUAGCACCGGCUGCGAGCAGCACCGCAAGACUCUCGUCCAGGCGCUGCACGUCUGGCUGGACGCCUACCCAGGUGACUGGAAGUCACCGCCUAACCACCCCCUGCUCACCAGGCUCUUGGACUUCACGCACCGGCACCUGUUGGGCUCCGAGCUCGAGCUCAAGGCCAGGCACCGGCUGCACAGGUUCCAGCGAGAGGAUCAGAUAGACUCCUGCAUGGUCUACGACAAUGGUAGACUACCCGUCCGCGGCUCCCCGGAUCCGAUGUCGGAUCAUUGGGCGAGCUACAUCUUCCCCGAGGUGCCGCAGCGUCACUUCGCCGAACAGCUGACGCGGAUGGACGCGGAAGUGUUCAAGAAGCUGGUCGCUCAUCAGUGCCUCGGCGCCGUCUGGUCGAGGAAGGACCGCUCGAGGAGCCACGACGCUGCGACGGUGUUGGCGACGGUGAACCAGUUCAACGCGGUCUCGCUGCGCGUCAUCUCGACGAUCCUCACGGACACGACGCUCAAGUCGCAGGAGCGCGCGCGGAUCCUUGAGACGUGGAUCGACAUCGCGCAGGAGCUGCGUGUACUCAAGAACUUCAGCAGCCUGAAGGCGAUCGUGUCCGGCCUGCAGAGCAACCCGGUCUACCGGCUGGAGAAGUGCUGGCAAUGCAUGCCGCGGGAGAAGCACGAGCUGUUCCGUGAGCUCGAGAGGAUAUUCUCGGAGGAGAACAACGCCUGGACCCAGCGCGAGCUCCUCAUCAAAGAGGGCACCGCCAAGUUCGCCGACACCGCCGGCAGGAGCGACCGCCAUCUACAGAAGCUCUUUCAAAAGCAGAAUACUCACGCGGGCAACAUCAGUUACGGCACGAUACCGUACCUAGGCACGUUCCUAACUGACCUGACGAUGAUCGACACGGCGAUACCGGACACGAUAGCCGAUGGUCUCAUCAACUUCGACAAGAGACGUAAGGAGUUUGAGGUCCUCGCGAGGAUACGGCUUCUUCAGGGUGCGGCGAACGCGUACAACUUCAGCACAGAUCCCGUGUUCGACCGCUGGUUCCAUUCCGUGCUGGUGCUGGACGAUCGGGAAGCUUACAAACUCAGCUGCCAAAUCGAACCACCACCAGCGGGCAAUACUCUCAACAACCGCGGGAAGAAGAAGCAGGGUCAUCAAGGUCACCGUAAGAACGACUCGAUCGCCUCAACGUCUAGCUCCAGCAGCUCACAAUUCUACUGCGAUCUGGACUCUUUGCCAAGCUCGCCGCACAACUCAUUGGACCGACGCACCUCGCCCUCGCAGAUGUCCAGCUCGUCUUCGAGCUCGUCCUUACCCUCCUUGGACGUGUCCUUAAGCUCCGGUGGUGGCGGCGGCGGCGGCGGCGGCGGCGGCGGCGGCGGCAACAGCAGCGGUAACCAUCAGACCCGACUGGCUCCGCCAUCAGCAGGCACCAUCGCGGCCAACGGCAGUACACCCAACCUCGCCGGCCUGUCGAGUCCCAGCCACUCGCACAAGAGCUCGCCGGACUUCUACAUCAUCAAGGUUACCAUGGAGAGCGACAACGUCGAGACGGACGGCGUGGUGCUGUACAAGUCGAUAAUGCUGUCCAACAACGAGCGCACGCCGCAGGUGAUACGCAACGCGAUGCUGAAACUCGGCCUCGAGGGCAAUCCGGACCAAUACACCUUGGCGCAGGUGUUACCCGACCGGGAGAUGGUGCUGCCCAACUCGGCCAACGUGUAUUACGCUGUAAAUACCGCGCACAACCUCAACUUCAUACUGCGACCGAGGCGGGAGCCCAACGACGCGGCCUCCGACAGCCCGAGAAGCAAAGGCAGCCACAAACGAUAGUUCCGAGGAAGCCGCCUGACGCCCUGAAGAAGCGGACACCGUGGCGGCGCUAAUUCCGGACAGUCGUGGACUAUGAUGCGAAUUUUGUUGAUGUUAACGACAGUGCCGCGAUUGGUGUCCGAUGUAAGAGAGAAAAAGAGAGAGAAAAACAAGAGAGACCGUGGUCGAUCGGGGUGAUCGCGACGCGGACGCGAUGCGUGGGUGAUACGAACACUUCGCUGAGACGAACUCGAUAUUAAGUCACGAUACUAUGCGAUAUAGUAUUUUAAACAGACGUCAGUAGUUAAUUUGUUAAUUCAUCGCCAAUCGUCGAUCGAUUAUUCGUCGUCCUUUCAAGGAGAGACGACGACUCACCUAGGUGGUGAACCGCGCAGCGUCUCGACAUCCUCGUGAGAUUCUAGUAUCGUACUGAUUGAUUACUCAUUAUUAAUCAUGGCAGUAGCACGAAGGUCCCGCUGUGUGUCGGAACAGACGAAUCGUGUAAUGUUGUGUUCUAACGUCGCUAUACUACUCAUCAUGUUAGAUUCCCAGAAACGUAUUUCGUUAUGAUUCAAAGGAGACUAUUUAUUCAACGGCUCUCCCUCGUACAUGUACGAUUACGAGGAAAUGCCAAUGAUCGCGUUGUCUACCGUCUCAUGAUCACCUCGAUCGCGCGCACACCUCGAGCUCCGAUCAAGCUUCGAGACAUUGGAGGCAGAAGCACCAGCGCCUGGACGCGCAAGUCACUCUGACUGUUCUUGUUGUCCUGGUUUUGAAAUAUUCGUACUUCAAGACCAGAAUCAUCCAAUCCUGCGUCCAGAGUUGUGCACGCGUCCCGGCGCUGGUACUUUUACUAGGUACCCAUUACUAGGUCGAAGCUCGAUAACGAUUUCCAGUCGCUCGCCUCGUAGCCGGACGCAAAAUAUCGUACAGUGUGACACGUCAAACUGCCGAGAUGACGGAUGAUCAACUGAGCAAUGUUCAUAAUCACACCUACAUAUCUGGUGUUAUCGCCCGCGCGCGUAUCUCGUCUUUAUCUGGCGAACGACUGGAAGCCAUUAGCGAGUCCGACGCGACUAUCGGUCGUUUCCAGCGACCAGUCGAUGAAGCUUCAAGCUCGACUCUCUCCUCGGACAGAGACUCGAUGAAGCUUGGUGGAAACGGGCACGAGUGCCACUCGAAGCUUGAUCAGAGCCCGGUGCUGAGCUCGGUUAAACGAAGAGAGCAAAGCGGCAAGAGCGAGCGAGAGAAUGAGAGAAAGAGAGAGAGAGAGAGAGAGAGACUCGGGCUAUCUCACGUUUAUAUCGUUUAAAGCCACCAUGACAACUCGGCUCUCUCCAACGUGCGCCACGACGACGACGACGACGACGACGAGUGCGUGGUCGUGCGACCCAGCUGAGGGUCUAUGAUUAAGCUCGUUUACAAUCGUACGACCGGAAGUGCGUAUACGGACGUACGCGGCCAAGCACGACGUACGCAACCAACACACACACACAUACACACACACACACACACACACAUUCUCGGACUCGGCACGGUUGCGCAAUUGAGCGAAGCUGCUCUAAGCGUUAUAGUUAGGCGCGUCUAGCGUGAGUCACGCGCGAGGUUCUUAUCGGCAGCAUCGUGACGCAAACACAGCAGGGAGCCACGGGAGUGGCGCUCGUCGCCUCGGCUUGUAUUUCAGCGUCCGGGCGAUACCGAUUCGGCGGCGGCAGCAGCGUCGAUCGACCGGGCGAAUAUUGCGUUUGUAAUUAUCGGAUUACUCGGACGAGAUGAGAGGAUCGUCUCAGAAGAUAACUGUAACGGUUCUCGCAAUCAGGGAGUUAUUGUUAUUUCGCAGCUCGUCGCCGGAGAAGGAGAGCGCGUCGGAGCGUUCAGUCAACGGCCGCGCGAGUCACGAGUGAUAUUUGGCCGACGCGAUGAUGUUACGGGAAAAUAACUGUAGGCGCGUUUGAUGACAGACCGUGAGGAUGAUUCGCGAGCGUGUUCGGCCAUCUUGUCUCGCGCUCAUGAUAGGCGUGACGAGCGCGCGUUCGUUAGCGUUAAGAGUGACGAUGGAGGAUACGAGCGUCUGCGACAGAGUAACCUCGCGUGUGUGUCUCGCGGGCGUCACGAGAUUAUAGAGUAGAGAAAGAGGAACAGAAGAGCGAGCGAGCAAGCGACCCGUCAUCGAGCGGGUCGUUGUGAUUUUUGUAAAUAAUUGUAACUGCGUAGCGCGCGUAGCGGCGGACUCGACCAGCAAACGGGCCCGCCUCCUGGUCGGCGAACCCGGCAAAAAGGAAACUGUCAAUUAUUAUUGUUACUGUCUCUCCUCUCGUCAAGCAGACGG